ACAAGCACCAGUGCACAUCAUAGCACUCAGAAUCCUGCUACUGAGAGGCAAAAGCACGAGCACACGAUGGCAUUGAAGUCUGCUGCAGUUCUCCUCAUAGCCGCCACACUGUGGUGCUUUUCAGAAGGGAACAAUGAUGGCGCUAUUGACUGCUGCUUGUCGACCAGCAAUGCCCCUAUACCUUACAAAAUAGUGAAAUCAUACAGAGACCAGAGUGUUGAAGAGGGAUGCACUAUCCCAGCCACUGUGUUCAUCACCAGUAACCAAAUGGCUUUGUGUGCACCUCCAACAGCCAAAUGGGUGAAAAAACUAAAAUCCAAACUCGACAGAAAAUCCAAGAAAAGACCCAAGAAACCAUCCAAGAAAGGAAGCAGGAAGAGCCAGUGAAAAGAUGUUACAGCUGAGUACAACUUUCAAGACCUCUGAGAGAAAAUAAUAAUUACAAAAAGACUCCUGCAAUGAACCCAGGCAACAGAGUACAAACACAAGAACCCAGAAACUCAUCUUCAUCACUGCAAACCACAGGACCUCAGAGCUCUUCAUUACAAGAACCCAGAAACUCAUCUUCAUCACUGCAAACCACAGGACCUCAGAGCUCUUCAUUACAAGAACCCAGAAACACAUCUUCAUCACUGCAAACCACAGGACCUCAGAGCUCUUCAUUACAAGAACCCAGAAACUCAUCUUCAUCACUGCAAACCACAGGACCUCAGAGCUCUUCAUUACAAGAACCCAGAAACUCAUCUUCAUCACUGCAAACCACAGGACCUCAGAGCUCUUCAUUACAAGAACCCAGAAACUCAUC